UCUUUAUGUGAGCGUGGGAAAUAGUGCGGGCGUUACUUUCAUUAUUCCCUUUACGCACUGAUCGCCAUAGAUGCUCCCGCCGUGGGCUCUAUAGGAAAACCUAGUGCGUCGAACUGUCUGCUGAUCGCCGGGGGCUUUAAGUUUAUAUAUUUGUAUGCAGCUUGUCACACAAUGCAGACGUCAUCCCUACAGGAUUUAGAUCAGCUUUAGUCAUGUUUUCUCCCUGGCUCCUAUCGCACCCUGUUGUGAAUGAGGAAUACGGUGAAGAAAACAUGUUUUGAGAACGUUAUCCGGCAGGUCGGCAGGUAGUUGGAAUACAAGUUUGCAGUAAUAUAGCCUGCUGCAUCAAUUCUACUACGGUUGCGUAUUUCUUUUCCAUCUUUAAACGUGUGACUGUUGAUCAGUCACCGCAGGGUCGCUGUCGCGGAUUGCUUCUUGCAAACUUGGAGUUUGCGUCGCCCGGUGCUGCUGUGCCUUCACUCGAGUGGUGAUCUUCGUAGGAGGCGCCUGUAUUUGCUUGAUUGCUGGCGGCGCACAUGCACAGACGUCCCCACUGGUACCCAAGGAGCGACUUCUGAUAGAGCAACCUCGUCUGCAAGAAGGAGGAGAAAACGGAGGGUGAAAAGACGAGGAAAGAGUGGGUGCUGUGCUGUGAGGACGCUGCAGCCGGGUUUGGACAUUUAAGGAGACGAUGCAACUGAACAUGUUACAGACAAUGAGCAAAAACAUCACUGUGCAGCUAUGAAUGAUCCUCUGAAAUCUCGGUCCGCGUGAGUUUGGCAUAGCUCUUCAUCAAGACUAUGGUUAUAGAUGCAUGUAUGGAAUUACUCAUGAACUGAUCACAUUUUUUUUCUCUCCAUCAUGUCAAAUCAUUUUUCGACUGAUGAUGACAACUGUUCCGCAAUGUAGUGUUUGGACAAAAACAGAAAACCAGCUCCUAAAAAAAUAUAUUUGACAUUUUAUUUCACGGAACGGACCACUUAGCCGCCACCAUGGGACUGUGACCCGGGCUGCGAGCUCUGAGAGGCGGCUGUUCGUUUAGUCUGUGCUCCGGGUGCAGACUGGACCUGAGCAGUUGUGACAUUUUGAGCCAUGGCUGCUGCUAUCGCAAGUGGGCUGAUCAGGCAGAAGAGACAGGCACGGGAGCAGCAUUUAGACCGGCCCUCGACCAACCGACGGAGGAAGAGCCCCAGCAAGAACAAGGGGCUCUGCAAUGGGAACCUGGUCGACAUCUUCUCUAAAGUGCGCAUCUUCGGCCUCAGGAAACGGAGACUACGGAGACAAGAUCCCCAGCUCAAGGGUAUAGUGACCAGGUUAUAUUGCAGGCAGGGAUACUACUUGCAAAUGAACCCCGAUGGCUCUCUUGAUGGGACCAAGGAUGACAGCAGUAAUUCCUCUUUGUUCAACCUUAUUCCUGUGGGCCUCAGAGUUGUCGCCAUUCAGUCCGUGAAGACAGGGUUAUACAUCGCCAUGAACGGGGAGGGCCUUCUGUACACAUCAGAACUCUUUACAGCGGAGUGCAAGUUCAAAGAGUCUGUGUUUGAGAACUACUAUGUGAUCUACUCGUCCAUGUUGUACAGACAACAGGAGUCGGGGAGAGCUUGGUUCCUAGGGCUCAAUAAAGACGGCCAAGCCAUGAAGGGGAACAGAGUGAAAAAAACUAAACCAGCUGCUCACUUCCUGCCCAAGCCAUUAGAAGUCGCCAUGUACAGAGAGCCAUCGUUGCAUGAUGUUGGCGAGACAGUUCCCAAGGUGGCAGUACCUCCCAGUAAAAGCACAAGUGAGCCGGCAGUGAUGAACGGAGGUAAACCUGUAAGCAAGCCCGACAAGCCCACCACAUAGCCACACCUGAGGGUGUGUGUGGAGGGAGGGGGUGGGGGGGGGGGGAGGGGGAACUUGACGGAGGCAGGGCUUUUCCCGACUAGACUCCAAACCCUCAUUCUUCUAUGGAUCAGAUCCCGGCGAACCUGCCUUCCUUUCUUCUCUUGCUCCUCCUUUCCUUCUUCUCCUCCUCCUCGCCCUCCCUUUCUCCAGCCGUCUCAACAUGGGCGCAUGGAUUCUGAGGUGGCAGAGUUUCUGCAGCACAGGAGGGAAGAGGACCCUCUGAUCAUGGAAUGCCUUUUUAGAUUCCUCUGAAACUGUGAGAAUUCAUGUGAAUAACGCGUGUUUCACAAACCACGCUCGUGGUACUUUGCUUGCUGACAGUUCAUUCAAGAAACCCCCCCCCCCUCUCUCCUCCUCCCCUUCUCUCUAUAAUGCCCUGUUGCAGCAGAAUCUGUGUACCUUCAGAUCUAUUUUCUAUACCACAGUUCACCAGCUAUGUUCUGGGAUAGCGACUGUAUAGAUAGAGUAAAUAUUUGGACUGUUGUCCUCUAUUUUUUACGAGUAUGUUCCCCUCUCCUGCUCUUUCUAUCUCUAGUCACACACUUUUCUCUUUGUCAAGUAACCUAGAAAAGAUAAAAACAUUUUGCAAGGGAGCUGUGUGAUUUUCUAAGAAACACAUUCACACAGAUGUGGCAUAAAAACAACCAACAACAACAACUAAAAAAAAUAAAUCUAAAUGUUCCGCCUACAACAUGCACACAUACUUACAGACAGACACACAAAGUUUGUGGGGAUAAAAUCGAAGAUGUUGCUUUUUACGGCUGAUGAAAACACGCUGGAGGCUGCAAUCAUAGUUGAUGAAGUGCUAAUUACCGCCACUGCAAUCAACGCGAGGAGCUCCCUACACACAUACAAAACACACGCAUUUAUAAACAGAUGUGUGUGUGGGCGGGAGAGCGCUGUGAGGAAUGGUGUAUACAUAUCACUAUCUAAGUCCCACCAGCGGUUAAGUCCGCCUUCUCUGGUAAGUAGAAAAACCUGAAGUCUAUUUUUCUUUAAUCUUAUUUCAGAGCGUGGGCUCUAGGAAUAUCUCUAGGCCUUGUAGGCCUCCGUCCCUCACUCACCGACUUCUUUGGACUUACGAGGCAAGGCUUGUGGCUUUGACCCAGAUGGUCUAUAACCGCAGCACUGGCAGCCAUCUUAUGGCAGCGUCUACUUUAAAGCCAGAAAACAACAUGGCUGAAAACCAAUAGGCGACAUUUAUACUGGCUGCAUCCCUAUUUGGUUCAGCAAACUAAAGCAUGGGCAAGGUUAAUAUUGUGUUCUCUCUUCUCGCAGCAGUUAUUCAAGAGAUGGCUUAUAUUGUAACAUUUUCACUGUAUAAAACUUAGGGAAAAUGACUAUUAUAAAUCAUGACUUUUUAAAUGACUAGAUAUUGUUAUUAUUAUUAUUAUUAUUAUUAUUAUUAUUAUUAUUAUUAUUAUUAUUAUUAUUAUUAUUAUUAUUAUUAUUAUUAUUAUUAUUAUUAUUAUGAGAGGAUUUGUCUCCUAGCUCAGCAUGCAGAGUCCAGUAUCAUCUUGGCCUAUCACGUGCCUGUUUGGACCUUGAUUCCUGGCAUGCAAAAACAGGUUCCCAGUGUUCCCACUGGGCCCAAGGUGCCUCCCCCACCCGAUACAUCCAUGUAGAGGACACGUAGCAUUAUCCAUCGAACAACCACACUCAGAUGUAUCAAUUCUGAAAUGACCAAAGUCUUUUUUUCAUCCUCAAGACGAACUGAUUCUGAUAAAUAUGAUUCAACUCAUCAAAGCUUUCACUGUGAUAGCAUUUGUUCCGUCUGAGAGAAUCACCUCCGCUCAGAACACCCCCCCCCCCCCCCCCCCUAAAAGGGUUCUUUGACAUGAUGUCAUUUUGGAGAAGUACGUAUACCUUGAAUUAAUCACAUGCAUGUAUUUUCUAUAAAGAACAAGGUAUGGGUGUCGUUCUUCACUCUGUGUAAAGCUGAAGAGCGCUGAAGUGAGCUGCGAGGAGUUGAACGGGCAUGUUGUAGGCUACGGCACACACUCACAGCUCAAUCUGAAGGUAACCCGCUGCAUCUUCUGUUCUGCAUUUCCAUCACGACUGUUUAUCAAAGCUCUAUCCGAUCAAUUUACAACACUUGUCUUGCUUUGAUGAUUUUUCCUAAUGGUUUUGUUUGAAAAUAUUUAGAGCAUUAGGUCGGUUGUUGUUGCCGUGUGCUGCUAAACCUCAUUAUAUUAAGAAAUUGAUUUGGUGAAUAUGAUUUUCUGAGUUUAUUGGGAUUACACACGAUCAUUUCUCAUUACAGCACAUCAAAGCACAUUAGUUAAGAGUUCAAUAUGUGUCUGUACAAAGCUGUUAAUAAACAAAUAUGGCAUACUACACACACACACACACACACACACACACACACACACACACACACACACACACAGGAGUUGAAACCCGCUGUAGUUGUAUUUGGGGAUGAUGUUCCGUCCUCAUUACAGCCAAUCACCCUCCACUCUUACGAACUCUACAUGCUGGGCUGGCUGCUGCUCCAGUCCUGCAGUCCAUACAACCGUCUCCUCCAAGGCUGACUUUAUUUUUGUAAAUGACCGGUGUGUAAAAUGUACAUCUCUGUUUGGAUCUCUGUGAACACCGUUUUUUUUUUUCUGGUUUGUCUUU